UGAAAAAGGCAAGGUUGCCACCGGAGCUGCUCUGUCUUGUCGCCAUGAUCUAAUAGCACCCUGCCAUCAGGAGGUCCCCUUAGACGGAGAAGUAGACGUGUUGUUCACGGGGCCGCGUGGGGGUCGAAGGCUGAGCUGUGUUUGGGAGGAUGGAGUUGCUGUACUUGUACUUGUUCCGCCUUUCGGGAGUAUUGGCUGUGUGCGGCACCAUUGGGUUCCCUACCGCCGGGCUGGCUUUUGGCGAGGGUUUUGUAAAGGAGGAGGAGUGUUGGCCCAUUUAUUUGAAGCCGUCUUCUGGUUUCUCAGCGAGUUAAAGUUAUAUUUUGUGACAUUUGAAGACCUAACUAUGGCUCCAUGAAUUUCAAAACUGCAGGAAGUGCAACAGCCUCCCUACCUCCAGUUUUAUGUCCCUACUGUGACAUUCUUAUUGGGAACUGUGGUUUCAUCCUCAUUGGAUAAGCAAUAACCUGCCUCAGCAUCAGAGUAGGGGAAGCAGUUUGUGGAUCAGGGAAAGCCAUGGCCUUGGGCUUGAAUGUUUUUAACCUCUUCUAUAAGUUCAAAGUGUUGGUGCUUGUAACUUUAUUUGUGAUGGUGCUAUGGACUGCAUUCAUUUACUUAGUGGACACCAGACAGGAAAUUGCUAAAGCUAAGAGCAUGGUGGAGUUUUUCAGGAAGGUAACUAGCCUGGAGCACAGUCAAAAGGAAGAGAAGAUUGAAUCCACUGCAGACGUUCCCAUGGUGAAGUCAUUUCAGGGUCCCUGCCCAGCUCUGUCUCCAUACCUGCGAGGUGCCAGCAAACUCUCCUUCAAACCAUUGGUUACACUGGAAGAAGUGCAAAAGAAGAACCCUCUGGUAGCCAAGGGCCGGUACCACCCUGUGGAGUGCUCAGCCCUGCAGCAUGUGGCCAUCCUUAUUCCACACCGCAACAGAGAGAAGCAUCUGCUGUACCUCCUGCAGCAUCUCCACCCCUUCCUGCAAAGGCAGCAGCUGGAUUAUGGCAUCUACGUCAUUCACCAGGCUGGCAACACCAAAUUUAAUCGAGCCAAACUGCUGAAUGUAGGAUACCUAGAGGCCCUAAAAGAAGUGAACUGGGACUGUUUCAUUUUCCAUGAUGUGGAUCUGGUGCCAGAAAAUGACUUUAACAUUUACAUGUGUGACACACAACCAAAGCACCUUGUAGUUGGCAGGAACAAUACUGGAUACAGGUUACGGUACCGGGGGUAUUUUGGAGGCGUAACUGCUCUUACAAGAGAGCAGUUUUCCAAAGUGAAUGGAUUCUCUAACAACUACUGGGGUUGGGGUGGAGAAGAUGAUGACCUUCGAAUCAGGGUUGAGAUGCAGAAGAUGAAAGUGGUGAGGCCGCCUGCUGAUGUGGCCAGGUACACAAUGAUCUUCCACAACCGUGACCACGGUAACGAGGAGAAUCGAGAGAGGAUGAAGCUUCUCCGCCAGGUCUCUAGAACAUGGAAGACAGAUGGGCUGAAUUCCUGUUCCUAUAAACUGCUCUCUGUGGAACACAACCCACUGUACAUCAACAUCACGGUGGACUUCAGUGUACAGCCUAAGGUCUCAUAGGGGCCAGCACCUCCCAGGUUAUAGGAAAUGGCAACAGAUCUCCUUUGUGGCUGCUGUCAGAGCAGAUGACUUCCAGCACCUGCUUGGAAGAGUCCUUCAGUAGCACAGGAGAAAGUAAAGUGUUCCUUCACAGCAUCUCAUUGAGUGGUUGAGAGUUUCCUUUUGUGAGGAGUUACUGACUGAUCCAAGGGACAGGUCCUUGUGUUCUUCUAUGCACUUUUUGCUGGGACACUGGAAAAAGUGUCCUUGUUUGGGCUGGUCUAGUGGAAGGACUUGAACCAACUCCCUGAAAAGAGUUUGGUUUUGCAACUAUUUCUAGUGAUUUGUGGUCUCAUUAAAAGCACAAUAAUUCUUCAAGAACUACAAACUUGAUGAGAAAAGUUGAUUUUUUCUAGCAUAAGGAAAAAUUGCUUACAUGUGAGGGAAGGUCAGUAAUGGUAAUGAGAUGUUACAAAUUUCUCAAUAAAUGCAGUCCGUUGAACU